AUGCCACAACACAUCGCUAUCAUCGGCGCGGGUCCGUCGGGCCUCACUCUCGCAGCGCUGCUGCAAAAGCAUGCAAUUCCCUUCACCAUUUUCGAGCGCGAGACCUCGUCCUGCUCGCGAUUCCAGGGUGGAUCCCUCGACCUUCACCCCGAAUCAGGCCAGCGGGCCCUACGGGAAGCGGGCCUCUGGGAACAAUUCCAGAAGCACGCCCGCUACCAUGACCAAGACUAUCGCUUCGGAGACAAGACCGCAGCAACUUGGCUCUACCACCAAGCAUCUGCCAACGCCGAGGGCCGCCCGGAAAUUGACCGGUCAUUGCUGCGCAAGAUCCUUAUCGAAUCCCUGGACCCCGACAACAUCCGCUGGGACCAUUCCGUCUCUGAAAUUGUGUCCCUGGCUGAUGGUAGCGUCAAGCUCUUGUUCCAAGGCCGAGAGGAACCAGUGUUCACGAAUCUGGUAGUCGGGGCGGACGGAACGUGGUCCAAGAUCCGCCCAAUGCUGACAAGCUGGAGGCCUGAAUACACCGGCUUGACGGUGAUUGACUGCCGCAUAUCCAACAUCGAUGAACGGUUUCCCGAGCUCAGUGAAUUUGUGGGCCGAGGAACCUUCUUCUGUCUUUCCGAGGGAAGCGGAAUCUUCAUCCAGCGCAACGGAGACCGUAGCGUACGCGUCUACCCUUGUCUCCGCGUGGAGGAGAAAUGGGCAUGGAGUGACCCCUCCUUCGACUGGGAUGAUCACAAGAGAAUGACAAAGUUCUUGAUUGAGACUUUCUUUGCGACGUGGGAUCCUCGUCUCCAAGCUGUUAUCAGGAAUGUGGAUGCGAAUAUGACGCCCCGUGCGCAGUAUCGCAUGCCCUCGGGACUGCGGUAUCCGCAUCGUCAGGGAUUGACGCUGAUUGGAGACGCUCUACAUGUUAUGUCCUGGUUUGCGGGUGAAGGGGCAAAUUUGGCAAUGCUGGAUGCGGUGGACUUGUGUGAAGCGAUUCUCGCGCACCCAGGAGAUCUGGAGCAGGCGGUGCGCAGCUACAAGGCAAAAGUCGUCGACUCCUGCCGGGCGGAUGUCACGAAUGAGAUGUCGCAGGAGCUUCUAGUCAAAGCGAUGGCAGAUGAUGCUCCUAGGGCUUAUGUGGAGGCGAUGGCUGAAGCGAUGGAUGCUUGGUUUGCCGGGGGCAAGUUGCUGGGCAGGGUCGAAGACAACCUUUGCUAG